CGUAAUUUACGCGCAAACCCUGAGCUUAGUGCAGAUAUUACUGCUUCACAGAGACAUAUACUUCGCAAAGUUGAGCUCGUAAGAGUUAUGUUUGAGUUUUCAAUUGGAGCGCUUCCCCUUUAAGAAAGUGACAGCAACAAGCGGCGCAGGAGCUGGUCAGGAACUGGUCAGGAACGGGACGCGGCUGUGCAGGAAUUCCUACAAAAAAAAAAAAAAAAAACUUCGCCAAACUCCAAGUGGUUUACUUUCCCCUCCUCUUUUGUUUCGUUUUAUUCCCAGUUUGUCGCUGAACCCAACCCAGACGCGUCCACGCUGCGUCUGUCGGUGAAGCAGAUGCGAAUCGACUGGAAAACAAAGCCAGAAGUUUUUGGAAACGAUGCCCGAGCGGCUGCACCCCUCUCUCCAAACUUCAGCUAAUGUGGCUAACGUUAGCUUAGCCCGCAGCGGCUUUCAACGCUCGUUGCGCGACUUUCUUCUAUGAGCAAAACCMAAAAACUGUUGCGUCGUGGCGGGGAGAAACGGCGUGUUUGUUCCACUGAGUUGUCUGGAAGUGAAAGUUUUGACAGCAGCUUGCCUCAGGGUUGAGAGUAUCGAGCUAAUCGGUUAGCCUCUUCAUUCUGAUCACAAAAGAGGGAAAAAAAAAACACAUAAGACACACCUCUCUUUGUGUGACAACUACAUCAUGAGAAGUCAGCWCUUCCAGGUGACUUUGCGUGUUGUGCGUGACCAGCAUCACCUCCGCAGCUUCAGGAGGUGAGGAGAGGAGAGGCGACAGCCGCGGGGGGAUAAAAACCUGCAGGAUGUUCUGACUGUAGCCAUGACCUGUGGAGCUCUGAGCAUUCUGAAGAAGCUGGGCUGAGUUGUGCAAACUUUAGCACCAAAUCUGCACCCAUUUUUUUAAAUUUAAAUAUAUAUAUUUUUAGCACAAAUCCCAUCUUUUCUGCACUGUUUACAAUAGUUCAGCUCUAUCCGGAGGGCCUGGAUUGUGCCAUAAUGAAGGUGACAGUAACUUUUGGACAAACAGGUGUGGUGGUGCCUUGCAAAGAGGGGUGGACUGUGAGAGACCUGAUACAGCAAGCCACCCAGAGAUACAGAAAACUUCUGGAACAGGAAGGAGAUUUUUUGGUUCGGACUCAUCAUGUGGAGUACUGUGAUGGGGGCAUUCUGGACCCUGAUGAUAUCCUCAGUGAUCUGGUUGACGACAAAGACAAGCUGAUGGCGGUGUAUGAGGAACAGGAAGCCCAGCAGAGGAGUGUUGUUGACACCAGCCUAAACCCCUGCCCUGACCUCCACCAAGYUGAGCUCUCCGUUUUUCAGCCAAUCACAGGAGGGGUGAUUGAAGUCACUUCCUCAGCCCUCAAGUCUAAUACACCCCUUCUGGUGAGGAGCAGCAGUGACUCGGCCCUCAGCCCUCCAGCAACUGAGACUGAAGCCUCUGGCAAUGAAGACAGGAUUGCCAUGGCAGCCAGUCCUGCUGGGAGUAAGCCUACAGGGGUGGACCGACCUCAAAGCAAACCCACCUUCAAUGAGAGCCUGACCAGAGUGGUGGAGAUCCUGGGUUCAGACAGUCCACUGGGAAUCCAUGUGGUCCCAUACUGCUCUUCACUGAGUGGACGGUCUCUUGGUUUGUACAUCCGUGAUGUUGAGGARGAGAGCCGUUCAAGAAAGGAAGGCUUGUUUCAAGAGGACGAGUGCAUCAUCAAAAUCAACAACACUGACCUCAUGGACAAGACGUUCAGUCAAGCUCAGGACAUCUUUCGUCAGGCAAUGCGUUCCUCACAUGUUUGUUUAGAAGUGCUCCCUUCCUCCAACAGGGAAAUUUAUGAGAGGACCCUGAUUGGUCAACUGCACGGCAGCGGUACCGGUCCAAACAGCAGUCCUCAUACCUCCAAAACCAGAGGUCCACCUCCUCCCAUCAAAGCCAAACCAGUAUUUAAACCCCCUGAGAAUCCAACUCCACGACUGACGGAGGAAGCUCCUAAUCCUGAAGUUCUCUCUAGUCCUAAGGUGAAAAGCGAGAGCCCCCUCCUCGGAAAGAGUCCAGUACUGUCCAGUUUGGUGUCCAACAAGAAAGCAGGACGAAAGCUGCGGAUUGAUUUGAAGAAAGGUCAAGAAGGUCUUGGGUUUACUGUCGUAACGAGGGAUUCUUCGGUACACGGUCCAGGCCCGAUUUUAGUCAAAAACAUUCUGCCACGUGGAGCUGCUGUGAAAGAUGGCCGACUUCAGUCCGGUGACCGCAUAUUGGAGGUGAAUGGUGUAGAUAUCACWGGAGUGGGCCAAGAGGAGUUGGUGUGCAUGCUCCGCAGCACUCGUCAGGGCGAGACCGUCUCUCUGGUGGUCUUGCGGCAGGAAGACAUGUUCCUGCCCAGAGAAAUGAAGGAUGAGGUGUCUCGUGCGCCUGGCGUGGUUUCAGAGAAUGGAAAGGAACAACUCAUGUUUGAGAUACCCCUUAAUGACAGCGGCUCAGCGGGACUCGGUGUCAGCCUCAAAGGGAACAAGUCCAGAGAGACGGGGGAGGAUCUGGGAAUCUUCAUCAAAUCCAUCAUACAUGGAGGGGCUGCUUACAAGGAUGGGCGUCUCCACAUUAAUGACCAGCUCGUAGCCGUAAACGGGGAGUCACUUCUGGGGCGCUCCAAUCAUGCAGCCAUGGAGACGCUCCGUCGAUCUAUGUCACAGGAAGGAAACGUCAGAGGGAUGAUCCAGCUGGUGGUGCUGAGGGCCCUGCAGGAUCAAACGGAGGUCUCACCUAAUUGCUCGUUUGACGGUUCGUCUGGGCCGUUGGGACUGAUGAGCCCAGGAAAAGGUCCGACAGUAUUUGCCGGUCAGGUCUCUGACUCGGAUCACCCUUCGAUGGUGGUGAACGCUAUCUAUGGUUCCACUGUGACCAAUGGGAGUUACUUUCACAUGGAAGAGGAAGUGGAGGAAAAAUGUGAACAAGACACUAAGAUCAGCUCGAACCAGCACUCCUACUCACAGGAAAGAGAAAAGUCUCACGUGUCUCACGGGGCCCAGCCUCAGUCUCCCGCCCAGAAUCUGAACCAACAGCAGUUCCAGCACAUUAAAGCCUCCAAAAGCAUGGACCUUGGUAYGAGUCAGAGCCAGCACCUCAUUGGUGGGGAGAUUAAUUUUGUUUAUCUGCUCUGCAUGAUGGCUGCAUGCAUCUUAUCCUCAUUUUGAAAUAAUCCGAUCGAUGCAUGGCUGCUGCAGCAGACUCACAACCACAUGCAGACUGACAUCAGAUGUUGGAUCUGUUGGGCAGUUUGUGUGAUUCUAA